AUGACUUCAAUUCAUUCAACUCUUGGAGCUCUGGAAAUCGGGGUACUACUCAUGCUGCUGCUAUUUGGCAUCAUGAUUGCACAGGCCUAUACUUAUUAUCAGUCACAGUCGACAACCGAUAACCGCAUUCUCAGAAUUCUACACUUAAUUUUGUACGCGUCCUGUAGCAUCACGGAGACCUUUCAUACAGGCCUCAUGUGCGCAGACUUCUAUAUCACCUCAAUCAGCGACUACGGUAAUAUCACGGAAAUUGACGCAAACCAUUGGACUGGAGUGUUCGCUCAGCCUGUCUGCAGCCUUUCCGUUGCCAUGAUUCAGUGUUUUUAUGCGUGGCGAAUCCGUUGUAUUUCGCGACAAUGGCCCAUUACGCUCAUAUCGUGGCUUGGUUCGGCCGUGCAUGUUGGUACAGCGAUAGGCCUCGCUGUUGUCUCGGAUGGAAUUCCGCUGUUGUCCACGCUUCUUGGCAACUAUAGGUGGCUUGUCUGCGUCUGCGUUUCCGCAGCGGUCGCAGUUGACGUUCUUAACAUGUCCGCCUUUUGCUAUUGGUUGUGCAAAAGAAAGUCUGAUUUCAGACAGUAA